UUGAAGGCAGCUAUGCCGAAAAAGGAAGAGGAAGUUGGGCGCAAGUCACCAUGGCGACUGGACGCUGAAAGAAGCGUCACAUUACAUUUACUGCUUGACAUGAAGACGGCUGCUAAAAGGGGUCAAGACCAGUGAAACAAAUGGCUGCUCCGAAAGCGGUUACUUCCAAAGUGCGGGCGGUGAGGACGUCCAAAAGAGCUGACAAAUCAUCUCCAGCGUCCUCUCAGAACUUCACGGAGAGACUGCCAUCUGAGAUCCUGAUUAAGAUUCUGUCAUACCUGGAUGCCUCUGCUCUUUUCACCAUCAGCCAUGUCAAUAAGCUUCUCUACCGGCUCGCCAAUGAGAAUUCUCUGUGGAAGAGGAUUUGCAGAGUACAACUCAACAAGAAUAAAAAGCACAGACGAGCGAUGGUCACAAAGGAGGUGCUGGAUCACGCUGCAGGCUACUGGAAGUGGCGGUACUUCAGGACUGUAGCCGAAUGUGGCACGUUGAAUUGGAAAGGACAGCUUGGACGGAUCAGCUCUCACACUGGGCUGCCCGCCCAAACGGCACAGGUCCUCAGAAACUUGGGCGUCACCUGGGAGCUGACGGUCUCCGAUAAGUCGGGGUGUGAGGGCAAACAUGAGCCGAGCUGGUCCCGCUUCUCCGAGACUUCUGUGACACUGUGCUGGAGUGGAGGAGGCUGCCUGCCCGACUACCAGCAGAUUUCCACCCUUCAACUCCACGGUGUCAGGAGGAUAGCCCUCAACUGCCCAGGCCUAAAGAUACCUGGCUCGAGGUCCCUCAUGGAGAAGUUAGACGUGCAGGCUCUGACUAAAAACGCGCAGGUCAUCGGCCAAGACAGGCUGGUUAAACUGAAGCUCAUACAGCCCGGCUUCAUCAUCGGUGUCUGGAGGGACCAGGCCUCCGUUGCCUUCAUCAUGCUCACCCUCCACUUCCACAGGUUGGUGGAAAGAAGCAUCGAGGGAUCUUCUGUUUGCCCAUACGUGGAGCCUGCAGUCACGCCCCCUUUUGAUGACAUUGACCCUGCACAUGGUCUCCAUGAUUACCAACUAUACAUUGUUCUCCACGACACUGUGAGCGAGCUCAUGUCGGGAUGCUUCUCCCAGCUCUUUUGCCGGAGAGCAGAGAUCAGUGACGGCCAUAUCCAGCUGACUGCCAUUAGCAGAACAGACUGUUCGCAGCACACACCAGUGUCGGGCAGCAUCACCCUGCCCUGGAGGUGUGAGGCCCUGCUGGGUGCCGUGCAGAAUUGCUGUAUCAUGAGUCUGACGCUGCUGGAUGAAUUCAAGAAACCCUUCUGGUGUGUCAGCUCUCCCGUCUCCAUGAAGCCGGAGAAGACGCCCGUCUCCUAUGACUAUGAUGGUGAGCACUUCCAGAUCUCCUAUCAGGACUCGGAUGGUCGGGUGAAGAUGGAGCUCGCAUGGAUGGAGGAAGAAAAUACGUUUUUUGUCAUAAGCUUAGUCGUCUUAGUGACUGUUGGUAAAGUCAACAAGCAUUUCAGUAGAGAUUACUGAGCCUGCGGAAUGUCUGGAACAAGUUUUAUGUAAUCAUUAUGGUAGAAAUACCAUCAUAAAGCGUAUUACACCUAUAAACUGUUUUCUGAUAUUUUCUUAUGUUUACAACACCUUGUUGAUGGGAGAGUAUAAUGUGCCACCAGAAUUAUUUCACACUUUCUACUGUUCAUAAUAUUUUUUCACCCAACAGAAGUUUAUUAAGAGACUAUUUCAUAUAUACAGAAAUGUUUGGACUGUAUAUAUACUGUAUGUAUGCAGCUUAUUAUUAAGGUGCAAUAUGAAAGUUAAAAAAAACUUACUAAAAUGAUCAUCUUAUUGUUAUGAUGUCUAUGUACUGUGUUGCAGAGUUUACUAGCCUACUGAAGCUAGCUGGUCCAAAGCUCCUGUGCUAGCAGUGCAAAAACCAACAUUCCCCAGUUCUCCCAGUCUGGUCCACUAGCUGCAUGGCUAACUGAGCUAACUAGCUAGUUAGUUUUGCAGCAGUUAGUGGUCAGUCCCUAUUGGAUUGAGUGUGAAUGAAAGGUGGCCCGUUCUUACAGAUUACACCAGUAACAUGCAGCUAUGAACAGUAGUUAAUACAUCUGAGAGAGGCUCUGUUGGAUUUGAAGUCUCAUGCAGAUGUGAAUCUUUAACUUGCUGUCAGUUGAACAGACCCUCUCUAUCCCGAGUAGAGUGCACACUGAAUAUGUGAUAUAUUUACUGUUCUAUAUUUAAAUAAAACGUAAAGGUGAUCCAGG